AUGGCCAAGAAGCGAAAGCUCCGACCUUCCGAGCCCGAAUCAUCCAACAUAACCCCCGAACCCCAAACCCAACCUCCGAUCGAAGCUGAAGCAGAUCAAGAGCAGAUCGAACAACACCACCACCAACAGCAACUACAACAACAGAUCAUUGAAGAAGAAGAAGAAGAACAACGACAAGAACAACUUCAAAACAUGGACGAGGACGAUAACGAAGAAGAACAAGAGGGUGUCGAAGAAGAAGACGACGAAGAAGGAGUUGAAGAAUCGAACGCGGUGACAAAGAGAAAAGAGGAAGAGGAAGAGGAGUUGGAGGAUGAGCCUGUUGAGAAGAUUCUAGAACCGUUCGGGAAGGAACAGCUUGUUGUUCUUGUGAAAGAGGCGGUUUCCAAGUACCCUGAAUUGAUGGAGAUUGUUCACAAGCUUGCCGAUGCGGACCCAGCUCAUCGCAAGAUCUUCGUGCACGGACUUGGUUGGGAUACUAACGCCGAAACCCUAACUAGUGUCUUCGGGAAGUACGGCGAGAUCGAGGAUUGCAAGGCUGUGUCUGAUAAGGUCUCUGGAAAGUCUAAGGGAUAUGGGUUUAUUCUGUUCAAGCAUCGGAGUGGCGCUCGGAAGGCGCUCCAGCAGCCCCAGAAGAAGAUUGGGAAUCGGAUGACUUCGUGCCAGCUGGCGUCUGCUGGGCCUGUCCCGGCACCUCCUCCUACCGCACCGCCGGUGUCUGAGUACACUCAGAGGAAGAUUUUCGUGAGCAAUGUGUCGUCAGAGAUCGAUCCCCAAAAGCUGCUCGAGUACUUUUCCAAGUUUGGGGAGAUUGAGGACGGGCCUCUGGGAUUAGAUAAGCAAACUGGGAAACCUAAAGGGUUCUGUCUUUUUGUGUACAAGUCGAUUGAGAGUGCAAGGAAGGCCUUGGAAGAGCCGCACAAGAACUAUGAAGGGCAUACAUUGCAUUGUCAGAAGGCAGUUGAUGGUCCAAAACCAACUAAGCCCUAUUAUCAACAACAUCAGCAGCAUCACCAUCAGCAUCAUCAUCAGCAGUACCAUCCUCACUCUUCCAGGAAGGAAAAGACCAAAUAUUCGUCUGGUGGGGGUUCUGGACCGGGACACUUGAUGGCUCCGUCGGGACCUUCAGUGGGUUAUAACCCUGCUGUUGCAGCGCCUGCGUUGACCCCGGCUCUUGGGCAGGCGUUAACUGCUCUGCUUGCUACUCAGGGAGCUGGAUUGGGGAUCACUAACUUGCUUGGGGGACUGGGUGCACCAGUGAACCAGGGAGUGCCACCAAUGAUGAACAAUCCGGGGUAUGGGAAUCAGCCUGGUGGCAGCUAUGGAAAUCAACCUGGGAUGCAGGGUGGGUAUCAGAACCCACAAAUGGGGCAAGGUGCCAGUAGGCCGCAGCCGGGUGGUGCCCCUUACAUGGGUCAUGGUCACUAGAUUCCUUCAUAGAUGCAUCAAACUUUUAGUUUUGGACUCUGGUGAUUCUUCUGAAGUUCCAGGAACUCAUGCAAACGACGUCUUUAUAUUUGUAGCAAUAUGUUACUAUUUGCCUAAAGACCAGAAUCUUAAACUUGUAUUUUCCUUUCUAUUCAAGUACUUUUCUUCCUUCGAAUGUUUUCAAAACAAUGUAGUAUUUUGGCUCCAAUGUUUUGUUUCUGAAAAAGUGUUGGGGAGCAGGUAGGUUUUUCCUAUAGAGACCACCAUGUCUCUCCGGAUUUUUAAGUGGUUUAUCAGCAAUGUUUUUCUUUAUUGACUAAUGCCUUAAUGGCGUCUUUGUGCUUCACUUAGCUGCUUGCUUAAUGGCAUUUUUAUGGUUGUUUGAAA